UUGUAGCUGACAGUUCCUGUAACUCUGUCAUAGUGGAACUUGUAUUGAGCAUGGGCUCUGGGCAGUUUUUAUUUUUGGAGUGACUCGGAGAUUGUCCCUUCCAUUUGUAGGAAGGGUGUAGUAAAGAUCAUGAUGAGAUUCCCCUUCUGACACUCAAGGCUGGGACUUGCAGACAGCGGCUAGUAACCCCCCAACCAACACUCACUCAGGGUUUUAAGUCCAAAGUGAGUUUAUCAUCAGUAAUAAGCACUUCUUGGGGGGUAAAAUGCUGAUGGCUGUCACUUUAACAAAUGUUAACCAACCAGGACUCCCUCAGCACUAUCCUCCCCCUCUGCUGCCAAAGCCCAGCAAGGACAAUGCCAGGCUCCAGAAACUGCUGAAGAAAGCUGCCAAAAAGAAGGUGGCCCCUCCAACAUCGCAGACCCCUAUCCCUUUCCGUUCCAGUCUUUCCCCUGUGAGUGAAGCUAGUCCUGACCUUGAGCACAGCGAUCACUCAACACCACCUAAGACGCCAGAAACACCAGCCUAUACUGGAGCCCUGCAACCCCCCAGAUUUUUUGUCAAACCAGUGAUUCAGCAUGCACCUUCUCCUUACCCAAAUCAAAGACCUUUCAGCUACAGCAAGCUGGGAAGAUUUUCCCCACAACCUUUUACAACUCCAGGUCGUGCCUUAGACCCUCAAAUCUCACUUCACAAACAUAUAACAGCGCCUGUCAUUCAGUCACAGAGCACUAUAACUCCAGGCCAGCAGCAGCACACAGAAGCCAUUGACACCAGAGCAGGAGAGGUAGCUCCAGCUCUGAGUUCAGCAAUACCGCCAUAUCCAAAGCCCCCAAACAGUCAGCCAGAUGCAGAAGACAGCACUCCAAGUCUUGUGGAUCCAAAUGUUCAACCAUCUGUUGAAGCAAUACCAACUAUCAAUGAAAAUAUUAAUCGACUAACAUCUGUCAGUACAGCCACCAAAACUAAAACCCACUUAUUUGAGGUUCCCCAGAUAAAAGUAUAUACUGCUAAAAGUUCAACUUAUGAGACAACUAAACCACCACUAUAUGAAAUUUCUGGAUUUAAAACAACUUCCUACGUAACAACCAGAAGCAAAACACCCACUUUUGAAAUUAAGAGAACUACAACACCUACAUAUGAAGCUUCCAUAGCUAAUAUCCCAUCAAAUGAAGGACCCAGACCAAAGACACCUGUAUAUCAAGUCCCCAGGCCAAAAACACCUGUAUAUGCACCUUCAUAUGGAACCUCUCCAGCUGCUCACGAGGUCACCACAGUUAAAACAAGUGCUUAUCAGGUUUCCACUGCAAGUAUACCACCUUAUGAAACAUCAAGACCUAAAACACCUUCUUAUAGUGUCUCAUCAACUGCAACACCUUCCACUGAAGCAUUAAACUUGAAGCCACCUAAAUCUGAAGUCCCCCAAAAUAAUACUGCCUCAUAUGAAACUUCUAAAAUUUUGUCACAUGAUGCUUCGAGUCUUAAAACUCAAAAUGGAUUACCAGCGCCAAAUCUACCCCCAUUUGAUAUGGCAAGACCUAAAUCACCUUCAAACGCUGUGUCAACACCCAAGACUCCGGUAAAUGACUCACCCAAGACUCCUUCACAUGAAGUUCCAGGAUCCAAGACAACUUCUCAUGAAGUUCAGAGACCCAAGACUCCUUUAUAUGAACUGCAGAGACCCAAGACCCCUUCAUAUGAGCUGCAGAGACCCAAGACCCCUUCAUAUGAUGCUCCUAGACCUAAACCACCAUAUUAUGGCAUGGCUCCAGCUUCAGUUCCUCCUUACAAUGGCACCAGAGCUACCACACCCUAUGGCAUUUCAAGACCUAAAACCCCAACAUAUGACACAUCCAGAUCCAAACCACAUUUAAAUGAACCACCCAGAACUAAAACACCUUCUUAUGUAUUCUCUCAAACAACAACCUCUUUGCAUGAUGUCCCGCAAUCUGAAAUGCCCUCUCAAUCAGAACUAGAGAGGCCUAGAACACCUUCCAGUGGAAUGGCCAGAUCUACAACUACUACAAUUGAUUCAUCUACUUCCCAGACAUCGACAUACGGCUUAUCUGCAACUACAACACCUUGUCACGAAGGCCCAAGACCAAAAACACCUUCUAAUGAUACAUCCAGACCUAAAACACCUUCUUACGAAGCGACAACAGCUAAAACACCAAUGUAUGAAGGACACAGAGCUAAAACACCAACACAUGAAGUAAUUGGCCCAAAGCUGCCAAUAUAUUCGGUGUCCAGAGCUAAAACUCCCACUUACGAAUUCAGUAGAGCAAAAACACCAUCAAAUGAAGUAAUUGAACAAGAAAAAACAUCAAUACAUGAAUCUUCAAGACUGAAAACACCUACUUUUCAAACUACCGGGGAAAAAACCCCCAUACCUGAAGUUUCAAGUGCAGGUACCUUCUCAGAGGUGAAUGGUCUAAAUAAAGUACUCCAGUUGCAGUCCACAUUUCAAGAAGGUGAUGUGCUUAAAGAUGAGGAGCAAAAACCAAAAGCUGAAAGCACAGAUAAAAAGGGCACUGCUUCUGAAGAAAAAACAACAUCAUCAGAGACUGAACUCUCAAGUUUAAACAAGAAUGGUCAAGAAAGCAACUCAUUUCCAAAAGCAGAAUCUCUGCUGAAGGUACCACAAAAGCCAAAAGGCCUAAAGUCCAAGAUCAGUGGCUGGUCUCGGCUUAAGAAGCACAUGGUGGUGGAACCAGAAGAGCCAAAAUUUCCUGAGCCUGAAUCUGAACCCAAAAAGGAAAAUGCAGAUGAUAAAGAAGGAAAGAAAGAGGACAAACCCCCAACAUCAGAAAACAGCAACCAGGCAGGAAGUCAGGAAGUGGAAAAACACAAAGACUCCCGGGCAACUAAAAUGUGGGAUGCUGUCCUCUUUCAAAUGUUUUCUGCCAAAGAAUGCAUUAUGCAGCACAUAAACAACACCAAGAGUGAACCUGAGAAAAGAGCUUCAGAAAAGGAGGAGAAAAAGAACCUGCCAUCGUUUAUCUAUCAUCUGCCUCUGCUCCUGUACAAACCACGCUUUGAUGCCAGAAAGUUAAAAGAAGCUGCUUCAAGACCACUGACAAAAAUCACUUCUGUGUUUGAGAUGGGCUUGAUAAAUCGCAAACAAACAGAUGAAGAACCUAAAGACUUCAACAGAAAGGCAAAAGGGUGGGAUCAUAAAUAAAAAAGCUGUGAGCAGCUCUGACUUAAACCGCUGAAUUAGACACUAAUCAAUGGAGGUCCUUCAUAUACAAUGAGGCAAACACAGACUUUGGCAUAUUACUGAUUAAUUCUUGCUUGGAAAAUCAUAGCUGUUAAAAUAUUUAAAAGACAACCUUUUUUAAAAUAUCCUGUUCAAAAAAACCAAAAUGAAUAAUUGUACAAUUAUCCCUCAGGGAGGCAUAAAAUAAACACUUGCAGCACUGAAUAUUUCAAAUAAAUGCCAAAAAGUAUGUGAAAUCAGAUUUUUGUCAUAUCAUUUACAACUGAUGAGACCACCCAUGCAUUGGCAAGUGUCUCAUAUACUUACAGAUACAGAUAUCUGCUGUUACAGACAGCGAUAACAACAAUUAUUGUUGAUAAUUGUCUACCAAGCCAACUGGUUUUUGGAAAAAUGCCAGAAAAGUUGUUGAAAUGAGAAAGAUGAGUAAAAGGUUGAACUAAUUCAAUAAAUAGCUCCUGGUUUCCAUUCUAAACUUUUUCUUGUAUUUACAUCAUGAAGAAUUAUUCUACUACAAGCAUUAAAAUUAUGAAAGACAACAGGAACCACCCAAAAGAAACUUCACUGUUUUUGGCAUUGCAAAAUAAACUUAUUUGUAGAAGAAAUGUUUUAUUGGGGAUUUCAGAUUUACCUUUCAUAUUGACUGUGUAAUUAUUUGGUGAUGGAUGACAUUUAUUCCAUUAAUAGGUUCCUGUACCCCAUGAGCUCAUAACAUAGCUCAUAAAAUAUGGAUACCCCGAUGCCUUCUGGAUCAAGAUGCUAAUUAUACUUCAAAUUCUGUUUCUGCUGAUGAAUAACUCUAAAAAACCCUUGAUUUAAAAUGACAUCUUGCAUUUUGUCUAAACCAAACUUCUCUACUGUCAGAAAAAUACUAACGAAAAUCUAAUUUAUUACUGCAAUACAUCCUAAACGUUUUAUUUAAUCGGGGAAAUAUCUUUUUUUUUUUCCUGUAGCAGGAAAUUAAUUAUAAUGAUGAACAUUAAUCAUCAACUGUGUUGAUCAACAAGGGGUUUACUGUGCAAGUCAGGGACUCAUAGCAGGUGUGGUUGAAACAAUACAAACUGUACAUCUGCAUGCAUUGCACUGCAUUGGUGAUAAUGUCUUGAGGGACUCUCUCCCAUUCCUCUCACAGAACCUGUACAAACAUUUAUAAUUCACUGGUCUCUGAGCUCAAGAUGCAAAAAAUGAUGUCCCAAAUCAUUCCGCAGAUGUUCAGUGGGGCUCAGGUCUGGCAAGUAGGACCUACUUGAUUUAACCGGCACAUUUUCAUCUUCCCAGAAACCUUAUGUUUGAAGAUGUGUAUUCUCAUACUGAAAUACUGUCACAUCAGGAAAAUCCUGAAGCAAAUGAGGUUUGAGGACUAAGUCAAUGUAGUGCCAUGCAGACAGGUAUCUAUCUCUACAAGUGGUGUGCUAUACCAAAUGGAGACACCCGCCUUGACUAUAACUCUUGAUUCACCUCAUUGAUCUGUUGAUUCUUUGCUGAAGUGGACUUCACUCCAUUACUGGCAAGUCCACCGAGGUGGUGCUCAAAACACCUCAUUCUGAUGCACAAAUGAAUUUUGGUGACUACAGGGCCCUGUGUGGCUACGUGGACUGCAAAUGUUAACAUUUUAACUGCCCCCUUACAGAUUAUUCACAAGUUACUGUAACCUAGUGUUCCUGAUGCAGGGGAAUGGAAGUGUGAAAUAUGAAGGUAGAACCUGAGAAUUGUUCACCUUGGUGAGAUUUGUGACUCACAGUCUCCCAGAUGUCACUGACAAACUAUUUGGCUGUAACAUGUUUUCAGGUUAGAAAUUUCUAGCUCGUGACACAUGGCACAGUAACAGUGCGCUGAUUUAGUCCAGCCUCCAAAAUACCAAUGGCAUUAAGAGUUGUCUCUUGAUAACUGGAGCAUACUGCUUCUUUUCUGUGUUUACCAUUCUUGAUUUUCAGCAGGAUUGACAUUCUACAGUUUAAAUCACCUCAGCAAUGAGCUCUUUCAUUAUUGAGAUGAUUAUUAAAUACUAAAUGCUACAAAGUCAAUCAACUGUAUCACAGUCAGUGAGGAAAAAUCAAUCAAAAGUAUGCCAAAACAUUUAAGUAAUACCAUAAAUCUGUACACUUUAUCUGUCCUAAAAAGAUACAUACAGGAAUAGAGUGAUAAGUUUCUUUUGAUGCUCAGUAUGCAUGUCAUUAUGUUAAAAAAUAUUUUCUACUCUUUAUAAGUGUAUUAUAUAAAAUUGUGGUGUUGAUUACAAAUUCAGCACCACAAAGGAAAAUAAAAGACCUUUAUCAUUUCAUGGAUUGCAUUUUAAGGGAAGAUGAAGUCCCAGGUCCAGCAGUAGUUAGCAUUGCUGGCUAGCACUGGCCCCUGGGUUCAGUUCCUGGGGUGCUAUAUGUUUGGAGUUUGUAUGUUCUCCCCAUGUGUGCAUGGGUUUCCUCUGUGUGCUCCUGUUUCCACCCACAGUCCGAAGACAUGCUGUUAGAUGAACUGGCGUCUGGUGAAAUUGACCCUGGUGUGAGUGUGUACUUGUUUUGUGCCUGUCCGCCCUGUGAAGGAUUGGCAUCCUUUGGAUUGGCAUUAGACAUUGGAUGGAUAGAUGGAGUAUCAGAAGAUAAAAUUCAAGUUAGUGAAAAGUGGAUAAGGUUAGGGUUUGACCACCUCCUGGACAUUUGUUUUAAAACCCCAUUUCACUGUGCACUUACACUCACUUGUUUUUUUUUAAUAACAGAAAUUAAAGAAACUUGGCCAAUUAAUUAUUUUUAGCAUUAUUUUAUCUGUGAAAUUGCAUGAGGAACUAAAACAAAUCAACCUCUCCUACUGAAUGAAGCCUUCAGGGCCCACUAGUUAAUACAGGUUCAAGGUUAGUCUAGAUUGGAUUCAACCCAAGGCAACAGAAAACAAAUGAGUUUUCAUGCAAUAUAUCCUCUAAACUGGUGAGAAACAUUACAUAUUCUUAUUUUUAAACACUUAUUUUUAAAACUUGUUGAGAAACUCUUCAUUAACCUUGCUAAAUGUAAUACAUUUCUUGCUUUACUCAGAGAGGUGUGUCAUAUAGCAAUGUCUAAUCCACAAUGGAGAUCACAGAACACUUUGGUAAGGUGCAUAUUGGUGUUGUGGAUGUCUUUUAAAUAAGAAGGAGUUAAUGUUGGCAUUCCUGGAAUGACUGGUUUUUAAUUGCAGGUAUAGGGAAGUGCAGUGUUGCAGGACAAGGUCUGAGAUCAGAAAAACUAAAGCAUAUCUGGUGAAAAAUGUAUUGAGCCUCUGCAUACUCAAUAAGGUGUGGAUCUGCACAGAGCAAUUGACAAAUAAUGUUUUGCUUCUGGAAAUUUAGAUUGAAGAGAGACACACAAUAUAUGUGUACAUAAGAUGGAAAGGCUCCUGUGAGUUAUGGAUUAAAGUAAUUGUAUGGAUAGUUUACUCUAGAUUGCUUUUCACAAGAAAGGCCUGAUGGAACAGGACAGCAAAGUUAUAAAUGAACGCUGCCUGAACACUCCUGUCUGUUGUUGAAAAGAAAUGCUUUUUAACAGUUGGGGUUGAGUAAUGUUACAAGGUAGAAUGAGAUCCAGAACUGUAGAGACCAAAAAAACACACCAAUUCACUGAUAAAGACCAUGCACCAAAAUGAAAAGCACUUUAAAUCACAUCUACAUAGUGUAAUGCUAAGUUGGCUUAGGGAAAAAGGCGAAUUGUUUCCUCUUCUGGUUGUAAUGUGUACAAUUUCCUGGAACUUGGAAUUAGGGUUGCACUAUUUUACAUAUGUCUAUGUUUCACAUCACAAAAUAACCAACAUUCUUAGAGGAUCUUUAAGGAACAGACACCACUGUUUUACCUUGAGUGAGGUACUUUACCCCAGUUGCUCUAGUCCACCCAGCCUAUAAAAAUAGAAACCAGCACUGGUGGGCAUGAUUCCUGUGAUAGAAUUGCAGGAGUCAUGUGCUCUCUGAUGGCUUCACAGCUCGAAAACUGGGUAAACUCUGGCCUAAUGCACCAGGGUCUCCUGUAUGUGGCUCAAAUGGAUUUACCUUCCUACCUUAAGGAAUAUCAUUUUUUGAAUUAGGCAAGUUUAAAAUCUAUUAUCAUUGUAACAUUUGAAAACAGGUCAAAUUGCGUACAUAAGGGAUAAGGCCCACAGAUCAAAUUUGUGACCUACAGUUAGUAUUGCAAAUGCAAUAUGUCCUUCUAUCAGAUUAGAUCUGAUUCACAGUUACAGAUUUUCAUUGACUUAAAAUUAAUCCAAUCCUCAGAAAUGUGAUAAUUAUCAGAAGACUGUCUGACAAUGAAUAUACAUCCUUUAGUUCAACAGGACAACAAAAUUCCUUAAAGAGGAAACCAAGUACCAUAGAAUAAUUAGCAGGGAGGUACAGUAGGUCCCUUUUCAGGCCAUAAAAGCCCAGUGGGAAUGGGGGACAAGGGCCACCGUUUUUCCUAGACUAUCCAACACUGGAGGUGGAGGUGAUGUGGUCAGCAUCACGCUCUGGCCAGUCUAUCUCCCCUGGAAGAAUUAGCACCCAGAGCUCAUUUGGAAAGCAGGCUGAGCGGACCUGGGAGCCAUCUGGAAGGAAUUAGAGCAAGCUACAUCACUUGCCCCUAGCUGGGAUUGAACCCAGGACCUUCCAGUCAGGAGCCGGACAUCCUUGCCAUCUGAGCUACCACAGCUCCAUAAUAAUUAGUCCAUUGAUAAUAAUACAAAAUCCCAACAUUUGGAAUUUGAGUUGAAACUUAAUUGUUAGAUGAAGGUUUGUUACUCUUAAGUGUUAGAUUGAAGACUAUUUAUAUUAAGUGUGGUUGGUAAUAGCAAGAUAAAAGACCUCUAUUGCAGGAAUAGACCUGGCCUUGUUGAAGGCAACAAAGAUAUAACACUGUACCAUUAAAGGUAUAAUGAAUAAGGACUUAAAUAUAGCAUAGUAUAUUAUAAUUUAGCAAUACAGUACUUUAAAUACUUUUUCCAAUUUUACUUCAAAGCUAUCUAAAAUAAACUGAAAUCCUUCACAUCAUAAGACAAAGUCUACUUCUAUUUACAGGUCAGGUUAAUCAGCAGUUGUCAAAGUUGUGAAGGAAAUUGAUUUGGUUACCCAUUUAUUUAUAAUCAUUUGCAUUUAUUUAUUCUAUUUUAGAAGCUCAUCAUUUCACUUACACUAAUAAGUGAGUUUUUUUCACCUGUCACUGUAUAUAUUGUUUUCUUUAAGAAAAGGAAUCUGAAAACAUUAGGGAAGAUCUCAUUUGUAUCUUCAGGCCUGUCCCCAUACAUGUGUAAAUCUGUAAGUUGUAUUACCUUCAAGAACAGAUUUUGUUGUCAGCUGUAUAUAAAUCUGUAUAGAAAUAUAUGUAUGGAUAUACUGUAUGUUGUCUGCUGUAUGUAUGUAGUCUGCAUAAAUUUCUGCAAAGCUACAAAAAGUGCACAUUUUAUGUGACUUGUAUUUUUGCACAAAACUUAAAUUGCUGCUCUCUGACAAA